AUGACUGAAAAAGUUGAGCUCUUUGAUCUGCAAAUUAUCAAGACAAUUGGUAUGGGCACUUUCAAUCGAGUUCAAUUGGUUAAACAUCAGAGAACUCAAAAAUAUUAUGCGCUUAAAGUGAUCAAUAUGCAAAAGGUGAUUACCGCUCAGCAAGUUGAACACGUUCAUCGUGAGAAGAGUCUUCUUUCGAUUUCCCGUCAUCCUUUCAUUCUUCAUCUCGUAUCCACAGCAAAGACCGAUCGCAAUCUGUACAUAAUCACCGAGUUUUUGAGUGGCGGAGAGCUGUACACUCAACUUUACACGAAACAACGCUUUCCGGCGAGUACGGCGUGCUUUUAUGCAGCUGAAAUCGCGUGCGCACUUCAAUUCCUUCAUGGAUUAGCGAUCGUUUAUAGAGAUUUGAAGCCAGAAAAUCUUGUGUUUUCUUCAAAAGGUCACGUGAAACUCACUGAUUUCGGCUUCUCGAAAAGAUUGCAGGGAAAAACAUUCACUUUAUGUGGAACGGCCGAAUAUCUAGCGCCUGAGGUGGUGAGUCGAAGUGGACACGAGUUUCCCGUUGAUUGGUGGGCAUUAGGAAUUCUCACAUUUGAAAUGCUCACCGGACAACCACCAUUCCAGGGUGAGUCCCAACAAGCAACGUAUGAUUUGAUCACGAAAGCUCAACCCCAAAUACCCGAUGAGAUUGAGCCAACAAGCAGGGCUUUUAUUGCCGAGUUACUGGAAAAGGAUCCAACGAGGAGACUUGGCUGUGUUGAUUCUCAAGUCUUACAACAUCCCUUCUUCUCCAAAAUCGAUCUCAAAGCUGUUGAAGCAGAGAAAAUUCAACCACCCUUUGUGCCAGAGUUGGAAAAUGAAGGAGAUACAUUUUAUUUCCCACCAUUCGAUGAGGCCAGCAUUGAGGAACUUCCCGUAAACCAGAAAGAGCGGGAUCUCUUUUCGGAAUGG